AUGCCUCACAAAGAAGUUGCAAAACAACCCAGUUCUACACCGGGAAUCAUCAGUUACCUCUCCAGCGAAGGGUACCCCGACAGCAAGAAAGUCCUCCUUUUGGGCUCUGCUAGCGAUAAAUUGCGGAAGCACGAUGAGCACGCUGCGCUCAUCACCGACAUCAAGACAUGCGACGAAGAGUUCACCCUAGACAAGAAUGGGUUCCAACACAUUGUCGAGCCAAUAUCACUUCGCCAGCACUACAAUCCAGAAGUGGCAGAUAUGUUGAAACGAGUCACUGGAGCAAGUGAUGUGCUGUGCAUGGCGCACUUGAUCCGAAGCAGCACAUGGGAGGAAGCCCAAGAGGAGACGAGGGAGGUACUGCAACGAGAAGGCGGACACGGUUUAGUCCAGAAGAUGAACCCCGCGAGAACUGCACACUGCGAUCAAAGCUACACCGGGGCUGAACAGAUUCUGCGAAUCAAUUUUGAUGAGGAGCGUGUUAAGGAGAUUAUGAAGAAGCGAUGGGCAAUCAUCAACGUGUGGCGCCCCCUUAAUCCCAUCCGUCGAGAUCCUCUCGCCGUCUGUGACUGGCGCAGCCUCUCCGAAGCCGAAGACCUCGUCGGGCUGGACAUCAUUCUUCCAACACCGGGAAAACACAGAAAUCUCGGAAAAGCCCACGGAGAAUCACACGCUCCGCAUGUUUGGAAUCGGUGGGAUAUCAAAUACAAUCCGAAUCAUAAGUGGUAUUAUGCCUCGAACAUGACUCCUGAUGAGGUAAUGUUGCUGAAGAUUUUUGACUCGAAGAAGGAUGGAAGAGCGAGGUGUUGCCCACAUACGUCUUUUGCCAGUGAGAUGGAUGAAUGGCCUGCGAGGGAGAGUGUGGAGUUGAGGACGUUGGUCUUCUGGGACGAGGAUGCUGAGUAA